AUGAGUGAUACACCUGUUACUUCAGAGUUCAGCUCAAGGCCCAGGACCACACGCUUCACUAGACAACUCAUUGAUAGAAUGAUCACUUAUUAUGAGGAAGCUUCUGACUUGCAAGAUGAGGCUGAGAUCAGUUUUCAUCAGAGUAUGGAAUUUGAUGAUGAGACAAUGAAGGAACUUCAGAACAAAGAAAAGCAGAGUCAACAUUCAUCUGCAGAAUCUGUUCAUUUCAACCCUUCAAAUUCUCCACCAUCUCUCACCCCCGGAAUGCCGACUUUUAAUGAUGAUCCGAAUCAACCUAUCUAUUGCACCGCAGGCAAUCUUAUGAAUCUUAUGCAGAUGAUGCUACAGAACCAGAUGACUGCAGCUGAAACCACUCAACAUCUCACUACAUCUGCACAAAGAGACACUACAAGAGAUGAGUUACAGGAAUAUCAGAAGAAAGUCAAAUAUGCACUAGACAUCAAAUCAGUGACCACAUUUGAUGACUCUAAUUAUAAAGCCUGGCAUGUUGAUAUGUUGACUGAUGUGAAAGUUAUUGAUGAAAUCAACAUUCUAUUGAGAACUCAACAAGAAUUCUCUUUUACACAUUAUAUUGACUCUGAGAAGUGGAGAAUCCAUUCUAAGUCUCUAUAUAGGUGUAUGCUAUCGAGUCUUGUUGGAAAUAGAUAUUUCUGCUAUCUUGUUACUCAUCACAAGGAGCUCUGUCAGAGCACUGAGAAUAUAUAUCAUGAUCUCUUUCUCAACAAUCUACAAGAUUAUCAAAGACUGUUUGUCAAGACACAUUUGAAUGAGUUUUUCUUCACUAGCCAGAGACUCAUUAUCAACAUUGAUAUUGAUGAUUUGAUGAAGCAACUGAUCAAUUGUACAUUCAAGAAGAUCAUCACUGAGCAGAAAAAGCAGCCUCAGGCUGAUUCUGUGACUGUGAAAAAGAACAAGAACAAAGAUAAGGACAAAGAUGAGGAUAAAAGCACACCUGUAUGA